UCCACACGGAUUGUUCCAGGUGUUACACACACGGUGUAGCCUUGAAAACAGUCUGUUUUGAUGAUAAAACUGUAGUGAUAAAGUUCAUAUUAAAGUAUAAUAGAGACACGCGUUAAUGUAGUUAGUUGUUAGCUUCAGUUAGCUACUUGAGAACGCAGGAAAGAUUAACGGGGUUUCUCACCGUGGCUUUUGCUCUCUGUCCAAAGCAGAGGCAGGAAUGUUUAGCUGCUUAUUAAAAACCUGGAAAUCAACACAGUGGGUUUAACUAUUUCUUGAUUUUAAAGACGAUGAGCGGCCAUAAAAUGCUGUCUUCCGGUUCUAAGUUGUGGACUUCAGGAAGAAGUUCAUGGAUAAGUCGACUUCAUAAUGGUGUAACCGGGCGUGGAAAGGCUUGCAGUACAAAGGUGUGCAUCGUAGGAAGCGGACCGGCAGGUUUCUACACCGCGCAGCAUUUGAUCAAGGCCCGUCCAGAUGUUGAGGUGGACAUUUAUGAGCGGCUGCCCGUCCCCUUUGGACUGGUCCGGUUCGGAGUGGCCCCUGAUCAUCCUGAAGUCAAGAACGUCAUCAACACUUUCACACAGACAGCCAAACACUCACGCUGUAGUUUCUUUGGAAAUGUGAAUGUGGGGAAGGAUGUGAGCGUCGCAGAGCUGCAGGAGGCUUACCAUGCAGUCGUACUGAGUUACGGUGCAGAGGGGAACAGGAGUAUGGGAGUACCGGGAGAAGACUUGGCCGGUGUGUACGCUGCUAAAGACUUUGUGGGCUGGUACAACGGGCUGCCCAGCUGCAGAGAGCUGAGUCCAGACCUCAGCUGUGAAACCGCCGUCAUUCUGGGACAAGGCAACGUGGCCUUGGAUGUAGCAAGAGUCCUGUUGUCCCCCAUUGACUUCUUAAAGAACACUGACAUCAGCCAGCCGGCCCUGGAGGCGCUGGCUGGGAGCCAGGUCCGCAGGGUGCUGGUUGUCGGUAGGAGAGGACCCACGCAGGUCGCUUGCACAAUCAAGGAGUUUAGAGAAAUGGUGAAGCUGCCCAACACCAGACCUGAGAUGAUGGCGGCUGAUUUUGAAGGCGUCACAGAGGCUGUAAAAGAUUUGCCGAGGCCCAGGAAGCGUCUGACAGAGCUGAUGCUGAAGACGGCCCUGGAGACCCCAGGAGAGAAGGAGCAGGAGAGGCGCGACGAGGCCUCCCACAUCUGGGGCUUUCGAUUCUUCCGGAGCCCCGUUGAAAUCCUGGCCGACCCUGAGAACAGCAGGACAGCUGGCAUCCGACUGGCGGUCAACAGGCUGGAGGGCUCAGGCGAGGGAGCCCGGGCAGUGCUCACUGGAGAAGUGGAGGAUGUGACCUGUGGCCUGGUCAUUAGCAGUAUCGGCUACAAGAGCCUCCCCAUCGAUCCAUCGGUGCCGUUUGACUCCCGCAAAGCCAUCGUUCCGAACAACAUGGGCCGUAUCCAACAGGCUGCAGGUCUAUAUUGCAGUGGCUGGCUGAAAACAGGCCCCACUGGGGUGAUAGCCACCACUAUGAACAAUAGUUUUGACACCGCACGAUCCGUGGUGGAGGACAUGGACUCGGGGACGUUGGACGCAUCUUCUGCCAAGCCUGGAUCACAAAGCAUCAGUGCUCUGCUGGAGAAGAGAGGAGUGAUGCCAGUGACUUUCUCCGACUGGGAGAAGAUUGACAGUGUGGAGACGCGGCGAGGGGAAGCCUCCGGGAAACCCAGAGAAAAACUACUGACUGUGGAGGAAAUGCUGCAGGAGGCUCGUAAAUAACUGCGACAGGUGAACACUCAGUACCUGUCGCAUUGUAAAGUAACAGUUGUUACCGUACUCAUGGGGAUCAAUGGAAAAUAAAUGGCAUCAUGAAGCACUUAAUUUAUAUUGUAGACAUUAAAAGCUAGUAGAUAUGCAGUAAAGUCUUUGUCUCGUUGUCUUUCAGUUUGUACCUUGUUCAGUAUUAAUCUAAAGACUGAGCCUUAAAAAAACAGGACUCUCUAAUAGAUGCUAUUAAUAAUGAACUUGUUGUGUACGGUAAUACACUGUAUGUAUGUUGAAAGGUAACGUUGGUAUUUUUCAACCCAUGUUUGUGUGUUUAGUGAAUAAUGGGGGCAACAAUUUGAAAAAAGGGUCCAGUAUUGAGUGAGAGUUGCAGAUUUGAACAUUAGAUGAAGCAGGUUCAAAGUGUUUGAUGUUGUUCACAUAUCAAAGGUUUGUACAGAGGGGAUUCUGGAUCUGUCUUUGUAUCACUUCAUAAAUCACUAAAUCCUGUCAACACACAGAA